CCCAGACUUCGGUAAAGGGUGCUGUGUCCGUCACUCGUCAAAAUGCCUCAGGAUAUGCCCCCAUCGGGGGGCUACGGGCCAGUCCAGUAUAAGCGAAACAUCCCAGCCCGUGGAUUCCGCCCCGUCUACUACCUCCUCGGUAUGCACAUGUUCAUGGCCUACGGCAUGUACAAGCUCUUCUACGGUAUCCGCGAACAAAACGAACUUGCCCGUGAGAAGAUCUGGGGCCGUCUCCACCUGGUCCCUCUCCUUCAGGCCGAAGAAGACCGUGACCAGGUCCGUCGUCACUACGCCGACAAGGCCCGUGAGAAGGAGCUGCUCGGAUCCGAGACCAAGGUCUACCACUCUGACCGCUUCGUCCGUCCUACUUUCGCCUAUAUGCCGUCCAAGGUCACUCAAUAAGCGACUGCAACGACGACGUGCUUGGGCUCGUUCAAGUUAUUCUUGCUUCUUUGAUCAAGAGUGCGAUGGAGAGAUCACGGAUCUCAUGAUACGGAACUUGAGUGUCACAGAGUUCGAAUGUUCCCAGACGGUAUCCUGUGAAGCGGAACAGGAGAAAAGAGAGGUACCAGG